CGAGCAGUAAACGCUGGAACACCGGAGGUUCCACUGCCUGGUGCUGGCCAUAGACUGUUUAUAUAAAGUUGCAGGUUGGUGAAGAGCAGACAGUGUGGCUGCAGCGCGGGGCCGUGACAUGUAUUGUAAGCGGUUGGGACGCCUCGUGUCGGGGCUGUAUAGAUGUCGGACCGGCUUGUGCCGGGCCGCGGUGCGUGGGCAGCGGUCAGCGGGGCAGCAGAGGAGAGCUGCUGUGUGGAGCCCGUGUCCGACUGCGUCCUGUCAUUUCAGCACUCGGUCAUCCUCCGGAAACACAGUGGACCCCGAUGAGGUGAGGAGGUUCCAGUCACUGGCCGGCAAGUGGUGGGAUGAACAGGGAGAAUUCGCAGCUCUUCAUGCCAUGAAUGACCUGAGGGUUCCUUUUAUACGGGAUAAUCUGCUGAAUGUGCAUACAACACGGCAUCCUGGGAAACCGCUGGCAGGACUCAGAAUACUGGACGUUGGCUGUGGAGGAGGCCUGCUCACAGAGCCUCUAGGUCGCCUGGGGGCUAAUGUGGUGGGAAUAGAUCCGGUAGAGGACAGCAUCUCCACGGCUCAGCUGCAUGCGUCCUAUGACCCGGACGUUCGUGCUUCUGUCUCCUAUCAGGCCUGCACCCUUGAGGAGCUCUCGGCGGACGGGGAGGAGGAGCAGGGAGCGGGUCAGUUUGAUGCUGUUGUAGCGUCAGAGGUGGUGGAACAUCUGGCCGAUCUGGAAACGUUUGCCUUCUGCAGCAGCCACGUGCUGAAGCCAGGCGGCUCCCUCUUCAUCACUACUAUUAACAAAACCAACCUGUCGUACGCUCUGGGUAUUGUCGUAGCCGAACAGCUGCUGCGCAUCGUUCCCAGUGGGACCCAUGAUUGGGAGAAGUUCAUCAGCCCAGUGGAUCUUGAGCGCCUCCUGGCGUCCAAUGGUUUCUCGGUGCAGUCUGUACUCGGAAUGCUGUACAACCCAGUAUCAGGAGCCUGGAGCUGGACAAACAGCACGGCCAUCAACUACGCCCUCCACGCUGUCAAACUGAGUGACGAUCCCCAGCCGGACCGAGCUGAGGACAGCGGCCCCCACCCAGAGCAGCACAGUCCUGCGACACACAGCUGAGCCACAAGACUGAGGAACAAGUCAGAAAGAAAUUAAACCACGCAUGUGAAACUAAUAAAUUCACAUGCGUGGAGUCGGAACUUCAAGGAGGCCAGAGGCUGUGAUGCAGCAUGUGAAGUUAUUAAAGGAAAUGGACAAACAGCCUUGAGAUAGAAUUAGAGAUGAGCUGCAGUUGCUGAUAUACACUCUGGCUGCAUCAUGCUAUCAGUUUUCAUUCAGCCUUUACUUUGCUAUAGGCCAGAGUGACUCCGAUUGUUUUACUAGUAUUUGAUGAGGUAGCAUUCUCGAACAUCAUAGCGGUGCAGCCACACACAACCUGAGAAUCUUUGAAGUUCGCAUUGGCCAUUUAUUUAUCAGUAUACACUGUGCUGAAUUACUUCUGUGCUUAUGUUGUGAUAUCCAUUAAAAUUGUGUUUGAGUGCAA